AGGCGCGCUGAAUCGAGCUCAGAUUGGGAAUGGAGGCGCGCUGAGGAGCCCAGCUGGGAGAGGCCAGCGGCGGCGGCGGCGGCGGGGAAAGAGCAGAGGGCCUGCCCUGGAAGCCAGCGCGGAGCCAAACCGCAUUCGUGCUACAAGAUAACGGCACGUGGGUUUGCUGCUCCCAGGUACGCUGCAGGGAAUGGCUUCUUCUCCCUUUGAAUUGCGCCUGGUGCACUUGGACCUCAAAGGAGCGCCACCAAAGGUCUCAUACCUGGCAGAGGUCUUCCCAUUGUUUCAUGCCCUGGGUGCAAAUGGAAUUCUCUUGGAAUAUGAAGAUAUGUUUCCUUAUGAUGGCGAACUGAAGCCACUCUGUGCAAAUGAUGCAUACAGUACAUCAGAGAUUAAAGAAAUUCUAAAGCUGGCAAACUUCCAUGAGUUAGAGGUUAUCCCUCUCAUACAAACAUUUGGACACAUGGAGUUUGUUCUGAAGCACAAAGAAUUUUGUCACCUGCGGGAAGUAGCAAUGUUCCCCAACACUGUGAAUCCACACAAAGAGGAAUCCCUGAGACUGGUUUGCACCAUGAUAGACCAGGUGGUAGCCCUGCAUGGUGAGCUUCGAUGGCUUCACAUUGGCUGUGAUGAGGUGUACUACCUUGGUGAAGGGGAAGACUCCAAGAAGUGGCUGAAGCAAGGGGAAAAUACAAUUGAAAAGCUGUGCCUGGCCCACAUGAAAGCAGUGGCCAGCCAUGUGAUCUCAGCCCAUCCCACAGUAAAACCAAUUGUGUGGGAUGACAUGCUGAGGGGAAUGAAUGAAGAAACACUGAAGGAUUCUGGCUUAGCACAACUUACGGAACUGAUGAUCUGGGACUACUCUCCAGAUCUUGAAGUGGACAUUAAAGUAAAUCUUAUAGAAAAAUAUCUGAAGAGUGACUUUCCAAAGCUCUGGUUUGCAAGCGCUUUUAAAGGAGCCACUGGUGUGAACCAAUGCUUAACAAUGAUUGGACCCCACCUUAAAAACCACCAGCAGUGGCUGAAAGUGGCUGCGAGCAUCCCUGCGGGCGCCAUCCAAGGAAUCACACUGACUGGCUGGCAAAGGUAUGACCACUUGUCUGUUCUGUGUGAACUUCUGCCUGCAGGAAUCCCAUCCCUAGCUGUAUGUCUCCAGACACUGAAGAAUGAUAGCUAUUCAGAAAAGGUAAAAGAAGAUGUUGAAAAACUCCUGGGGAUCUCCAGUUUGGAAAUAGACACUUUCAUGAGUGACAUCUCAGGGACUUUCCCCGGAAGUGAAAUUCUCUCACUUGUGACCCAAAUUGCAUUCUACCUCAAAUCCUCAGUGGAUGAACUUUUGGAAAACAACAGGUAUGUCACAGGCUGGUUUAGUCCUUACCACAGAAAGAGAAAGAAGAUCCAUCCUAUAAUGAUUCAUCAUUUUCAGCCAGAUGCAUUAAGGCUUCUGACCAAAUGGACUGCUGUGACACAAGAGCUCUGUACAGCCAUGGAAAAGGUCUUCUAUGCAUCUGCAAUUGAAGAAUGGAUGGAGGAGAACGUCCAGCCCAGCCUGCAAAAACUUCAGGCCACAGUAGAUGACCUGGACAAAGCAAUAGAAGCACUUUCAUAGCUUUCUUAUGGUUCUAUGGCCCAAAGUGGUAUAGCCCACAUCAGGGAGCUCAGUAGACCUUGGUACAAGUGAGAGAGUUCUGCUGAUGUCAGAUCUGCUGUUCAAAGGAUCAAAACUGAAAGCAUUCAGCAGCUUGAAAUUCAGGUGGCCUUUCAGGGAGAUAAAAUACAGGUAUUUCCCCUUCCUUGGAGGGAGAAAAAAAGACACCCAGCCCAUUGCAUUGCAUGUGGCUGAGUAGGGUCCACUGGAGAAAUGAAAGCAGACAUAAAGCUGUCCAGGCUGUUCUUAAGGCUCUCAAUUAAAAAUUUGUGCAGCAUCUUAUGCCACAGACACUUUAUGCUUUUAAAUAAACCUAAUAUUUUGCACAA